GCGAAUGAAGUGACUGAGCAAACGGAUACAAUGCUUGGUGUGUCUUUCGUAUUAAUAAUCUCUUAUCCGGUGUUAGUCCUAAGGACGGUAGACACCCGCAUUAUCGAAGCAAAUUGUUGGCAAAGAUUCAUCAAUCCAAUUGACAUGAGAGGAUGCAACAUCACGAGCCUAAAUCCGCAUCACUUUUCCGAUUACAAUCGCAUUUCAUCCAUCGAUAUGAGUGAGAACCCCGAAUUUGAUUUCCCAUCGAACGGAUCAUCGUUUCUCUUCCACGACCGACUGCGAUCGUAUCGUUGCGAAAACUGCGGCAUUACCACGAUCCAUUCGCAAACGUUCGCAGGCCUUCCGGAGCUAAAGCUGGUCAAUUUGAGAGGGAACUACAUCAAAUCGAUCCCGGCAGAUGCGUUCAUCCACAAUCGGAUUCAAUUUUUGGUAGUGGCUUACAAUAAAAUAGAACAAUUCAACGGACAGCAUAGACUGGAAGCCAUGGAUCAUCUUUUACAGCUAGAUGCCAGUGGAAAUGAAGGAUUUCAUCUGAACCAAUUGUCAGUUGAUACCAAAAGUUUCGAGUAUAUAAUUUGUGUUCAGUGUAAAAUUUCCAUCAUUCAAAAUCGAUGGUUCGAACAGAUGGUCAACAUGAGGAAGGUGAUCUUGGAAAAUAACUAUAUUCAAAUGAUCCCAAGAAAUUGCUUCAGUAGAAACAAAAGACUGUCGUACCUUAAUUUGAAUAACAACCCACUGCAGCGAUUGAGUUUUGCUAGUGAAACUCUGGAAGAGUUAUACUGCAUUGGUUGUAAUCUAACGCAACUAGAUGAGGAAAGUUUCAAGUAUCUACCUAAACUAAAGAUUCUUAUGCUUCAGAAAAAUUCCAUAAAGAGCGUUGAUCCUCGAUCAUACAUAUCGAACAAAUGGUUGAAUACGCUUUACUUGGACUACAAUGAUCUAACAACUUUCCCUGUCGAGAUAUUGAAAAAGUCACUGAUGCUGAAGGUGCUCUGUUUGGAUCAGAACUUGCUUCAAGCAAAGGAAAAUACCAGUGUUUUUAUUGAUCUAUACAAAGCCUUAGAACUUCGCAACAACUGUGCCGCCGGACCGAAUGAAUUGUAUCACUUCGAGCAUUUUCUUCCGAGGACAAACAAGCUAGGAAAUUAUCUAUACGACAAAGAUUUACCGCAGUGCAACAAUCUGGUCGAUGUUUCUAAUCGCAAUGUAGUGUUCAUACACCCAAUGGCUUACAAUAACUGCAGUAGUCUAAAAACUUUGUUGAUGAACGACAACUUUAAUUUUACAUUCCACAGGAACUAUCCAGUGCUGUACAGUGAAUCACUGGAAGUGUACUCCUGCACACAUUGCGGAAUAGGCGCAAUUUACGAGGAUACGUUCGAGCAUCUGCCGCAACUGAGGAAACUUUUUCUGCGGCACAAUCAUCUGAAGAAACUACCCGCUUUCGACAUGUUUGCCGCGAAUCCACAGCUAACUACCAUUGAAUUGGAUCACAAUCAUCUUCGGCAGUUGAGUGUUCAACUUUUUGAAUCCCACAAAAACGUUUCAACCCUCAAUUUCAACCACAACUCCAAAUUGUUGUUCUCCAAGGAGGCUUCGUUUCUCGUUCAACAGGUCGCCACUGUCUUCCAGGCUUCCAACUGUGCCAUCGAUCAUAUCAACCAGUUAAGCUUCAGUGCAAUGCCAUCCCUGCUGGAAAUCGAUGUCUCACACAACCCCAUCACAACCAUUCAUCCCGGUGCGUUUGAUCGGAACGGGCAGCUACGGAUACUGAAACUAUCCAACACUCAUCUGCGUGUGCUUCCCGUGUCUUGCGUCUCUCACCUGAGCAAUCUGAAGUUACUUUGCCUUGAUGGCAUGCAAAGGUAUGCAACAAAUGAGCCAAAAUAUUCCGAGAAUAACGAAAGGCUAAUCAAUUUGAUCGAAACUAAAAAACUACAUUGCAAUGAUAGAGAAUUAGUGUUUGUUUCAAAACUGGUGCAGGAGAAACACUUUGCCAACUUCCGCACAACUACGCGAUCCAGUGGAUCGCUUAGUGGGAUUUCCACGGGCACUAUUUCAGUUCUGUGCGUUUUAACCGCGUUACAUUUGAACUUCUGGUGAACUAGGACUAGGUCUUUGUUUUCGAUACAGAGAUGCGAACUAAAAGCACGAAAAAUUAAGCCUCCAAACGGCGGUCAAGUUUUAAAGCAUCUACACCUGCUACUUGGAAAUAUUUCUGCGCAUCUCUGUUUUCCAAGUUACUAUCAUGGCUCGCUCCAACAGAGACGACAGUUUCGUGUAUAUCGUGUUCAAGUAUCAAUUCUAACAUGUUUUACAAUUACUACAGAACGGCACUUACUGUACAAUUUGUUCAUUUGAGCAGUUUCAUACCCGAGUUUCGUUUAACAAAUAUAACUUCUGUGAAACAUAUCAAACAAGGAAUUGAUUGCACAUCAUACAAGCAAAGCUCCCUUUCCCAAUCGCACAAACGUUCCGAUGAAAGUUUGUAAAUAUAACACAAUAACAAUGUUUGCUACUUGGGAGUGUGCUGGAAGAUCGUAAUCAACAACUGUCUUCACCAACACCGACAAACUUAACGGUCCUUUUCAGGGCAGUCGAAGUUCCCAAAGAAUGGGUUACGAAAAAUUUAUUAGAUACAAAUAUGUUAAUAGUUACCCAAGUAGCACAUGUAACUUGUUCAUAAAAAAUAAAAACAAAACAGAUGCUGCAUAAUGGUCGCAUGACAAACACGACGAAACAAAUCGUAUUAUGAUGGUGACAAUGGAGUCAAAAUGAUGUAACGAAUUGACAUCUCAUCAUACUAAGUUACAAUAAGUUCCAACGUAACUUUUCGGAAAUCUAACUCUUACAACGUGCUCGCAUUGAUUGUUUUUAGUCGUCAACUGGUCACCGUAACAAAAUGCGACAAUGAAAAAGUGACACACUAUAAGACAAAGUUAAGUAAUGAUUUCAUAUCGGUUACCGUAUUCGUUAUGAUGCAACAAAGAAAUACAAUUACAGUGUCGAUUGAAAGCUUCCGUACACUAUCCCGGACAAUAAUAUUAAAUCAAUAAGUAGAAUAAGUAGAAUAUUCCUAAGUUAAAUCUGCGCUUAAACGCAAAUAUUUUACCGGUACAUGUGUGAAGCAAACUUGUUUCGUUUUGGGAAGUACAUUCGCAGUACCAGGGAGAAUAUUUCUACACUGGCUACCAUUAUGACCAGGGAAUGAAAUAUUCAUUAAAUUUUAAAAUAAGUGCAAUUUUUAAUUACUGCGUUUUGUCAACUGUUUUAACUUUGGUAUAUGAAAAACUAAUAUUAAUCACAAACAAGUUCUAACUGAACACAUUUCGACUUUUUAGCUGUAAAUUUAUUAUGGCGGGCAUAAAAAUAUGAAUAUUAUUUAGUAUGUCGAUGUUCUGAAACCCAAAAUAUCGAAGGCGCGCACGUUUUCAAUAAGUACAAUGAUCAACUUCACCAUAAAAAUCGAAUAGCACUUAGAUUUUGAGUAGAUAUAGUGAGUUUAAAGAAGAUUGAAUUCUAUAUUUUAACUCUCAUUAUCGGAUGUCAAUUUUUGGUCGUAAAUGUUGAAUGGGAAAAACAUCAACAAACUUUAACUUGACACAAACUUAUAGUUUCUGUUUCAUUGUGACUGAUGUGCGCGCUGAAUCAAAUUCUUCAAAUAUUCUUUACUGAGAAGUUGUUUGGCAACCCUUCGUAAGUUGCACAAGCUCCGCCUCUUACGCUUUUCAGGUUACAUAGCAGUUAUAAUGCACGUUGCAAAGUCUUCAACUUGUUCCAUGAAUUUGUGUCAUAUAAGUUACUGUCAUUGAAGUGUAAUAACGUGUGCUACUUGGGUAAUUAUGGACCACAAAAAAAAAGCUGCUAUACAUGCCUGACAAAAUCAAAAGUUCGAACUACCCCAUAGGACUUGUAGUUUCUUUUUGAUGUAUGUCCCUUGUGGUUUUUUUAGCGCAACAACAUUAAAUAUGUUAAAACUCGUGAAAACUAAAAUGGGGAUAAAUUUCUGAAUCAAACAAAACCUCCUAACAAAUUGAGUUUCAUUAGAUUCUGAUACGAUCAUGAAGUUUUUGCUGGAAAAACCAUCUUGCAAUAAACUUUCAUUUAAAUCCAAUUUUGUGUUUUAUCUGAAAAUCGAAAUUCUGAAUUUUAUUUGAAGCCGACUUCCGAUUUCAGAAUUACAGGAUGAUAUGUACUAAAAAAAUUAGAAUAAGUGCACUAACUUUUUUCAGAGACUGAAAACUGAACCGAACAAACUUAUAUUCAAAUGAAAGGUAUAAUUGUCUUAUACAAAGUUCCAGAAUUUCAUUUUGAUCCGACUUCCGGUUCCGGAAUUACAGUGUGAUUAGAGUAAAAAUUACAAGUUCAUAUUAUUUUCUCAUUUUUCUCAGAGAUGGCUGAACCGAUUUUAUCGAACUUAUGCUCGUUCGAAAGCUACUGCUAGGCCAUUGAUCAAGUUCAAAGAUCAAAUGGCUGUGACUUUUGGUUCCGGAGAUAUGAUUGUAUAAGUGACGUAACCGACAAAACACUUUGUUUUUUACCGCUCUAAUGUAUAUAAGGGUGCCCAUAUUUUGGGAUCACCUUUAAUUUCGUAAAGCGCUAUUGUUUAAAAGUUUAAGCACCUAGAAAAAAGUCCUCAUGCAAAAAUUGAGCUAAUUCGGACAUGGGUAAGGGGUGUUGCAAAGCGGUUGAAGUUUUAAAAUUUUCGAUCUUGAAAAAGCACCAUGAAAUUUCCGAAAUCGAAAAAAAAUUGGUUUUUAUGAAACUGUUUUGAAGAAAGAGAAAGGCAUUAUCACACCACUAGGUGGAUAAGGAUUUUUUUUUAAUUCACGAAUAGUUUUAACGUUUGGAAGUUUAAAUUCUCAUCACUCUGUAAUUAUGGAAUCGAGUAUGUUUGCCUCAGAAAAACAAGGCUCAAUGCUACUCGAAGAUCACUUUUGGAAGCAUCAGUUAAAUUUCUUACUUAUAUUGAAAACUAGAUUUGGAUCGUCGUGCGACAAAUGACAGUUAUGUUAUUUUUGCUUGAUGCCAAACCUAACCCAGUUUCCACCCUAACUCCUGUCAAACCGUUUGUUUGAAGCUAGUUUCAACGUUGUUGAACUGAAAAUUGAGCAGCUUCGGACCUGAUUUUUAUAUCAGGUUUGCUCAAACCCCCAUUGCUAAGUGCGAGCCCAACACAAUUUCGUGAAAAGUAUUUCAGUUUCAGUUUUCUCAAGUGAAAACGACAUUACUUUUUUCCGAGUUCGCAUAACUUUCAUAUUACUUCAAUGAUGAUGCCUAAUGUGACAAAAUACUCAUUUUGCUUUCCACAGGUGCAGAUAGCCUACCAAACGAUUUUUCAUUUUGAAUUUGAUUUAAUCUUUUUCAGUGAAAAACUUCUGUCCUGGUAUUUGUUGGAGGUCAAAUGCAGGUUUCGUCAUCCGUCACACGGCCACUGUAUUUGAUCAACAUUUCUGCGUUUUGAAACAUCCUAGCAGCAACGGAUUUUUCAUGCGAAUGAACAACAUGUUUCAACACGUCUCCGCUCGAUUUACCGUCCAACGUUGCUGCUAUAAACCACACAACUCUCAGCGCUCAUAAAAAGUAUAUAAUACAUUUCAAAGAGGAACUGUGCAUAGUUGUGUUGAUUUGCGUACAGUGUGAAAAAAUCUACAGCCAGUUGUAAGUGAAGUUAUAAUUUCCUGUUCACCCUUUACUGGAAGUCAACAACUUGAACUUGAAGUGGUCGCCGUAUUGUUGAGUGAAAUUGUAUGCUUCUAUAAUUCAACUUGACUGACAUUGAAGAAGGUAAAAUUACCGCAAAAUGAUUCGAAAGUCAGGAAUGAACAGGAAAGCUAAAAUAAUCAGGUAAUUGCUGGAAACUGGCUUCGGUUGCUGCGAUAUAGGUUGUCUAGUGUAGUUUUUGCUUGAGAAAUCUGAGGUAUCAUCAGUUUCAUCAAACAAACACUUUUAACGGAACUGUUGGUUUCGCACUUGGUAACGUGGUUCUGAACAAACCAUAAAAACCAGGUUCGAAACUGACUCGAUUUUCAGUUCAAAAGCGUUGAAACUAUGUUCGAAACUAGCUUCAAACAAGCGGUUUUACAGUAGUUAGGAUGGAAACUGAGUUAGGUUUGACAUCAAGCGAAAACGACAUAAGGUUGCUGUCAUAGUGCAAGCGCCACCCGAAGCUAGUUACAUUUGAUCAAAGUAAACCUGUCAGAGUGAGCACGGUGCGAUAAAAGUCAUACGUUUUUUUUUUUGUGAUAACGGCCAAUAAGCCAAAUUACAGGAAAUUACAGGUGAGGUAUGAAAAAAUUAUGAGUGUUAAUUUUCACACCAGACGAAAGAGAAAACUUUUUCCUGCCGUUUACUGUUAUGACAUACUCUUAUACCGUUUUCGUUUUUGAACCUACACGCGGACGACUCUGACUCCGCGUGAAACGAACACGUGAUACGCGCUCUAAACAACAACUCAUAAAACAAAGAAGGAAUAAACAAACUCGCAUGGAUGCGUGGUGCGACCCGAGAAAAUUUUCAGAGUGAAACUACGCAAUUGGAGUCCGAUCUAGAGCGACCUCAGGUUGCUAAAACAAACAUAUCAAAUUGUUUGGACGACUCUGGGUCAGCUUAAGGGCUGUUCUGAUCAAUAAACGAAAACGGCAUUAGAGAGUACCGAUUCUUUCGGAAUUCCUCUUCAAAGUGAAUGUUGAUAAGUGGCUUAUUGGCUGUUAUCGCAAAAAACGCAACAAGUGUAUCGCAUCAAAACGAAGGAAGAAUUCAUUAAAGCAACAUUGUUGCGAGUAAUUUUAGAAAUUCUAAUACUGGAAAGCUCUCGAGCUCAUUUGAGUCUCGAGGGUGCCUGCAACAAGAUGACACUUGAUGAUUCCAGAUUGCUUCGAAUACGGAGACCAGUACAGCCAAAGUCGGUUCAUAUAGCCAGAUACCAACAUGAUCUCGAAAUUGGAAUAGUUUUUGAGCUCAAUUCUGGGACCAGUCGGAAGUCGGAUAAGACCAUUCAUUUGAACUCAAGUUUGCGAACCGUUUUCAAUCAUUUCAGAGAAAUGUGAGUAAGCUAAUUUGACACACACUUUUAUACACACACACACACACACACACACACACACACACACACACACACACACACACACACACACACACA